CUAGGUAGUUGCUUGUUGUUCACGCGUAUGCAGAGUACACAUCAUUACAUUAUUUAAGUGUAAAUUAUUGUGAUUAUAAGCAGUGAGUACAAAUACCCAUUAUUUAUAAGUUACAAAAGUAUUUGCAGGUAUCAGAGGCAACACGCCAUGGAAUGACAAACAGCUGUCAACACAACAUCAGAACGUCACACGAUAAAGUAACAAAAUGGCGGCAUCUGAGGAAGAUUACAAAUAUUUGAAACGAGCAGGAACAGCAGGGGUACGCGGUCACUUGUAUGAGACUAAACUACUUAGCCUGAUAUACUUCAGAUUAUUGCACGACGAUGAUAUCGAAGAGUUCUACCUAGGCACAAACGUUGACAAGCUAGGCUCAUUCGAUGACAUAUGUUUUAGAGCAAAAAUAAAAGGCUGUGCUCAGCCACUCGCAGUUUUCAUUCAAGCCAAACACAAAGAAAACAACUCGGUUUUAACAUUAAACAGUGGAGCUGAAAUGGAAAAGCAUUUUCAAAGUUUCUUGGAAAUAAGAAAAAAACUCCAACCUGGAAGUAAGGAUAAGCUUUUCGAAGCGACAACCGAUGAAACACAAUGCCUGUGUAUUAUUUACACAACGGCAAAUGGUGAUAAAUCCUCUACAGCGUAUGAAGGUCCGAAUGCUGAAAAACUGAAUGAUUUGAUAGCAACAGCUGCUGGAGCCACCAAACCGGUCCAACAUUGGCGCGAUAUAGAUCAUUUAUGUACAACAUAUUUGGAAUACCAAAUGCGCGCAUUCGCUCGUAAAAUGGCAAAGUGCAUCCACGGUGAGAUGAAAGAUUACCAGGAGCUGUCGACUGACGACCACGUUCUGCAGUACCACGUCAUUAUAGCCAAGAAAUUUUUUAACAUUUCCGACGAGCAGAUUAACGGUUUUCGCACCGCGAAUUUUAAAGAGGAUUUCUUAGACGACAGAUAUCAUUUUCUGUUGACACAUUUUCAAGAAGAACUGUUUACUGAGAUAAUCAAAAGGCAAAAAUCUGCCGCAACAUGCGCGGGACUUGAUGACUGCACCUUCGUUGUCGAUGACAAAGAUAAAGUCAAGGAUGAAGACAUUGCAGCGAUGUACCACCACAUCGCGAGUAGUAUUAUUUAUAAAACAAAAAGAUUCGAAUUCAUUCACGCAACAUCUUCGGAAAAGCACAAUUUAAUACUGAACAAAAUCAACUCGACACUACACAACAGAAAUAUAGCAUUGAAAACAGCUCUUUUGAAAUAUUUGCCGCCAAAUGAAUUCGAAUUUAAAGUACCGGCGUGGUUCGGCAAUAAAGACUUAACAUUGCGAGGUGAUGACAAGAAACAAGAAAAAAAACUGAAUGAUUUAACAUCCAAAAUCGUCGGCUUAAUAAGGAAAUCAUGCGGUGACCGCGAUCCUGUCGCCACUUUAGCCGACAUUCUCGUAUUCCCCAGUGUUUCAGGACCUGUCGUGACCGCCACAAUAGAAGACUCUAUGGAUAAAGGAUUUCUUCAACUCAGUGGCGGCAUAGCAUCAGCUGUUGGAAAUUUACUAGUUCAAGAUCCUUCUAGCGACAUGCUCAUCUUCACAACUGAAUACGAUUCAUUAGGUCCACUUGCUAAAAGAUUAUACGACAAAUUACAAGCCAAACUCAAAAAUUUGACAUUAUACGCAUUUCACAUAGAUGUAAAACAUGCAUUUCCGAAACUUUCAUUGAUUCACGGUCAUAUUUUUGACUUAGAAAAAAAUGCUGACCUUUUUUUCGAUAGCUUAUUAUUUUACACUUCACAACUCGAUGAAAAAAAAGUAGAAGAAACAUUAAUUUACGAGAUAAGUCAGCAUUUACCUGAUGACGUGCACAAUGAAGAGAUCACAUCCAACGCCAUAUAUCUCAAGUAUCAUGAUAACAUCCAGAAGUGGUGGAUGUCCAAAGGCGGGACGUAUCUGUCGAAGACUGGGACUUUAUACAAAGAUGCUGUAGAGCAUACCACAGGCCUUCCCCUGACGAGCGUCAUGAACAUGAUGGAGACAUUGAAAAACAAACAUUAUGACUUUAACGAGAACGCUAUUCGUUCUAUUCCACUGGCACAGCAGCCAGCUCAAACUAUUAUAUUAACGGACAGCACCUCACUGACCAUUGCUAAGCUCGCAAAACAACUCAAUUAUAAAAACUUCAUCGUAUUGGAUUUGAAAUACAUCCUGAAUCUAGUAGCAAAAGAUGACAAAGCGUUACGUGAAGAACUAACGAAUUUGAAAGAGUCUAUAACAAUAAUAAUGGAUUUAAGUUAUUUACUGCAGAAGAAAAACUGUUUGCGCUCACAGAGGAAAUUCCAGGAACUUGUGAAAUCCAUUCAGAGACACAAAACCGUAAUAGUCGCAGACCAAGAAUCUUUCUACUUAGUUAAGAAAUAUUUCCCAAAUUCAAAUAAUGUGGUGAAGGAUACAACAAAUAAUCUAAUUGACAUGAGUGAGGAAUCUCGAACACAUGUAUUGGAGAACACACAAGUGAUGUUCCUCGGUAAUGAAGUAACUCUAUCUCAAGUAAUAGAUAACAAGUCAAUUGCAUACGUAGUAGGAAGUGUGAUUAAUAAGCUAAUGCUGGGCGAUUUACAAACACUUACAAUAGGAAAGUCGGUACACAACUCAAAUUACAAAAAAGAAAUGUACCUGGACCGGACACUGGAGGAUGUGGAAAUACAAGAUCGGAAUGAAGAAAUUGAAUCUUCUAUUGAUCAAAAACCUUCGAUAACUGCAUCUUCUACUGAUCAAAAACCAUCGAUAAUUGCAUCUUCUACUGAUCAACAACAUUCGAUAACUGCAAGUUCUUCUGAUGGAAAAUAUUCAAUGAUUGAAUAUUCUAGUGAUCAAAAACGGUUGAUCAGAAGAAGACGGGACUUAUUUUUUGGUACUCCGUCUCAACCGAGUAAAAAAGGUAUGAUUCGGAUUCGGACGCGCAAAUAUAUCGACAACAAGCUCAAAGUACUAGUUGGUGAUGCUGGAAUAGGGAAAUCCACUUUCCUGACUCACUUGUCACAUGAAGCAACGAAAGAACAGCAGGAUUCAUGGGUACUGAGGAUAAAUUUAAUACAACAUUGUCAGCAAUUCUCUGAGUGGCAGGAUAGCAAAAAGAGGAUCGAUAUUUUAGAGAGUCUCAAAUUCUUGUGCCAAGUAGCUCUCAGCAAGAAUCAUAACAACCAUGAAGAAUGCGGUCAAGUAAAAAUAGCACUUGAACAGUGUGACGGAUUGUUUCAUCUAGAAGAUUGCUCAGCUGAUGACUGGACAGUUUUCGAACUGAACAUGUUUCUGCAUUAUUAUAAUACAAAAAGAGUGCUAAUCCUUCUAGAUGGCUUUGACGAAAUAUGUCCAAUGUAUGAAACUGAAGUGACUGCAUUCAUAAACACACUACUUAGUGAAGACUGGCAGCCUCGCGGCCAUAAAAUGUGGAUCACGAGCAGAACUGUUGGCAAUUUAGAUUCGUCCAUAGGCCUGACAACAGGCAUGGUUUAUAAUCUAAAACCACUAAGUGGCCAUGAUCAGGACGACUAUCUUAUACGUUAUUGGGAUGAAAAGGGUCUGUUAAAGGAUCUUAACGAUCAGCAGUUUCGAAACAUCUAUGAAUUCGUUCGCAGUGAUCAUGUGUAUAUAUUGGUCAAGAAAGUCGAUAGCCAUGAUGGCCCAAGAAAGGAAAUAGCUUUUCUCUCUGUUUAUUUAAGCUUGGUCCGCUAUUUAGCUUCAAGACUCAACAAACCAAAAUUUCGACAUUUCGAACUACACGAAGUUGUAAUUGAGAGUCUCAAGGUACUCGCCGAAUCUAUGUCGAAAAUGAAGAUCGACAAUUUCAUCUCUGUUCCCUUACACUUGAACAUGAUAGCGGAUUACUUGUUCAAUAAAAUACGAGAGACUGACAAAAUACCAAAUACCUGGGAUUUAAACAUGAACCUUUUUGACAUAUACGAAGGUUUCUUAAAAACCAAACUGAAAAUACGAGUUCAAGAGAAAAACAAAAAUGAUCUGUUCACCCCCGAUAACAAAGCUGAUUUCGAAGAAAAGUAUGCGAAGUUUAUGGAAACACAUAAAAAGUUGGGCGCAUACGCAGUGUUCAGUAAAACUAAUACUCUUCAAGUGAUCUUCAUGCAACAGAAUGAAGAUCAGUUGAAGAGUAUUGUGGAAAUGGUUAAAGACCUGAAGCAGGACUUUUUGAAAACAGGAGUUAUAACGAACGUAGUCAACAAUGUACCAGUGUUCAUACACGCGACGUUUGCAGAUUAUUUUGCCGUCGAAUAUAUUUGUGAUCUAUUCAAAACUGACUUAGAUCGGCCUUUCAUAUGGAAUUUUAUAUUAAAUGUGAUGUUUUUCAGUGGCAAUGUAGGAGUCCUCACAUUAUUCGAUGCUAAAAUGAAAACGAACGAAGAACUAGUUGCCCUUUUCAAAGUUGACAACGAAGUCGUAUGUGAUAUAUUGUUGAAUCAAAAUGUAAAUGGAGAUAUCAGGUCUUCGAUAGCUGAAGCAGUAAAGCACAACCUGCGUGCCAUAGGAGUGUUCUUGUGUUCUGCAGUUGCAGACAAUCUUACCGAUACUAGGCUGAUGGAUUUCAUAAAAAUCGUUAAAGAUACAAACAUUAUAAUAACGGCCAUUAAAAUGGAAUUUGAAGAAAUAAUUGUAGAAAUUGUAAAUCUUGUGAAAGUGAUGGAUUCGUCGAAAUUAGUUGAAUUGUUUGAAAAGUUUGAUUUUAUUGAAAACAUUGAGAACAUAACUACUGACGAACUGAUACAAUUGUUACACAAGCAUUUGUGGAAUCGCAUGGAAAUAGAAUACGAUUGGAAUUCCGUUCGUGAGUUAAUUGGUCAAAUACAAUUUAUGGGUGAUUCUUCGAGACCAAGUGUUUUUGACUCAUUGAUCUGGCGCAAUUUUUUUUUCCUCUUAGACCUAAAUUGACGUAAUAGUUUGACCCAGUGCCUUAUGUGCAAUAUCAUAUAUCGAAGGCAUCGAAUUGCAUCACGUAGAUUAGGAUUUAAAAGGUGCUGAUUAAUUGCUGGGCCAGAUUAAUUGUGACAGUACAGAUUAAUGAUGCUUCCUUUAUUUUUCCAAUGAUCUUUAUCAUAAAACUAGCCGUUUCCCCGCGGUUUCACCCGCGUCCCGUGGGAGCUAUUGCCCGCACCGGGAUAAAAUAUAGCCUAUGUUACUCGCAGAUAAUAUAGCUUUCUAAUGGUGAAAGAAUAUUUAAAAUCGGUCCAGUAGUUUUUGAGUUUAUCCAUUACAACCAAACAAACAAACAAACAAAGUUUUCCACUUUAUAAUAUUAGUAUAGAUAGUAUAGAUUUUACCAAAUAUUGAAAUAAUUACUUCUAUUACUACUAAUUUAUCACUUUUUUUUUGGCUGACACAAGAAAAUAAUUAUGAAUUAAUUAAACAGUAACACUUUCAUUCAAAUUAAUCAUUUAUUAAACCUCUUACGGUUGUUAAAUCACACUAGCUUCAACGCUAUAAUAAUUAUAUGAAAUGGUAAACUUAUCUUAAUAAGACCUCUUAAUAACACAAAACAAAAACGAAUCUUAGCUUAAAACAAAAAUAAAAUUCACCGAAAACAAACUCUUAAUUAAAAAGAAAUAAAACUUACUAAUCAAAAUCAGACUUAAUUUUUCAGUACGAUAGGAACUCUAAGCUUGAGAUAGCAGAAAACUAAUUAAUAUCCUACCUAAAUUAAUAAAAAAUAUUAAAUUUUUCAUCAUCAGUGUCUAUUAAGUAUGGAUUUAUAUUUUCUAAAUCGACACUAAAAUGUUUACUUCCAUCUCUUAAAAAAGUAUCUAUUGAUCGAAAAUCAGGUUAGAUCUCCCAGACUUGCAGAACGCUGAAUAAUUAAAUUUGAGUUUUUCAGGAACUUUUUAUGAAAAUUAAUCAGACGUUGAGAUUCAUUUCUCCUAUCAGUAGUUUUUUGUUUUCUUCUUUCCUGCGUAUAUAGUUUUGUCUAUUCCUUCUUGUUUUUCUUUCCAUGAUUCUUCAUUAUUAUUUAUUAUGUCAUAUCUUCUCUUAUCCGCUAGUCUUUUUUCUUAGUAUUUCUUCUCUUGUUUAUAAUUUUCGUUAUGCCAUUUUGAAAAUAUGGAUCUAAAAAAAUAUAAAGCUAUUCUAGCGACGAUAAAAAAAAACCAAAACCUCUAGCACAGAAAUUGAACUUCGGAAUAAAAACCAACAGGCCAUUUGCUUUA